CCGCCAUGAUGGACAUGAACCUGACGCGGCCGGACAACGCCACCCUCCUGAUGCUCCAGGACCCCACGAUCGCGGUGGCCCUGCCGGUGGUGUACUCGCUGGUGGCGUUGGUCAGCAUCCCGGGCAACCUGUUCUCCCUGUGGGUCCUGUGUCGCCACAUCGGACCCCAGUCGCCGUCGGUCAUCUUCAUGAUCAACUUGAGCGUGACGGACCUGACGCUGGCCAGCGUGCUGCCGUUCCAGAUCUACUACCACUGCAACGGCCACCACUGGGUGUUCGGCGAGCUGCUGUGCAACGCGGUGACGGUGGCCUUCUACGCCAACAUGUACUCCUCCAUCCUCACCAUGACCUGCAUCAGCGUGGACCGCUUCCUGGGCGUCGUGUACCCGCUGGCCUCGGCCCGCUGGCGCCGGCGCCGUUACGCCGUGGCGGCCUGCGUGGCCAUGUGGCUGCUCCUGCUGGCCGCCCUGUCCCCGCUGGCCCGCACCGACCUCACAUACGCGGUGGAGGCGCUGGGCAUUGUCACGUGCUUCGACGUGCUCAAGUCCACCAUGCUGCCCAGCGUGGCCAUGUGGGCCAUCUUCCUGUUCACGCUGUUCAUCGUGCUGUUCCUGAUCCCCUUCGUGGUCACGGUGGCGUGUUACACCGCCACCAUCCUCAAGCUGCUGCGCACCCCGGACCCCCACGGCCGCGGCCAGAGGCGCCGCGCCGUGUGCCUGGCGGCCGUGGUCCUCCUGGCCUUCGUCACCUGCUUCGCGCCCAACAACUUCGUGCUGCUGGUCCACAUGGUCAGCCGGCUCUUCUUCGGACGCAGUUACUACCACGUCUACAAGCUCACCCUGUGCCUCAGUUGCCUCAACAACUGCCUGGACCCCUUCGUCUACUACUUUGCCUCCCGCGAGUUCCAGCUGCGUCUCCGCGACUAUCUGGGCUACGGCCGGCUGCCGACCGACGGCACCGAAGCCCGCCGGGACAGCCUCUUCUCCGCCCGGACGCUGUCGGCGCGCUCCACGGCCAGCGGUCACGCCGACGGGCCCGAGGGGGCCGGCCGGCCCUGCCUCAAGAGGCAGGAGAGCUUGCUCUGAGCCCGUCGUCCCCGUCUGCUCCCUGCGCCUGGUGCAAGCCGGACCUGAUGUCCAUCUCUUUGUUUUUUCACUCCGG